UCUCCCUUCCUCCCUCUCACUUUCAUUUAUUCAGUUUAUUUUCAAUCUCUUCCCAUUUUCUCUCUCCUCAUCUCCUUUUUCUGUUCAGUAACCACCACUACCACAUUUGGACAAUUCAAACGCCAUUGAUGCAAUUCUUAUGGAGCUUUAAUGCUGCUGAUGUUAGGGUUUCCGCAUUGUUGUAGCUCACUGAAGCUUCGGUUCUUGUGAAAUAGGAGUACUACACCUUUUAUCUUUCUUUAAAUAGUAAAAGUUUUGUUGUUCGCCUUUUUUUCUGGCUUUUUUCACAGAAAAUGGAGAUGCAAAUGCAGAGUUUUGAAGUUUCGCAGCUCCUUCACUCUCUUCCCGACAGUUUAUAUCCUUCUCCUUUCAGCAACAAAACAAAAACGCAGAGGAUUGAAGAAAAAUGGCCGGGAAACAUCUAUCCGCCAGCAAUCGGAACAAACGCUAGCAUUUCGAAGCCGGCGAGCGUCGAAACCGCACUCAUCAAAGCGAUAAUCAGAGACGACAGAGAAAAACUUAUCGAAAAAGCGAAGGAAUUCAUCAUCAUCACCUCCGCCAACGAUAAAUCAGAACCGUUCAAUCGAGUGAUGAUGUCGAAACUCCUUCAUCUCUGUUGUGAGUUCGACUCGGUGAACUCAGCGGAGGUUCUGAUCAGCGGCGAAAUUACCGGCGGCGUCGUCGUUCCUUCAGUUAAUGACGUCGACGGCGGUUCCGGCUUCGCUCCGCUUCACACCGCCGCGGAAAACCACGCUCUACACUGCAUUGAGCUGCUCCUCCGCAAAAGAGCACGAACGGACGUGAAAACAAAGCGUAAAGCUGCUGUUGCAGGUGUUAUUGCAGGCGCAGCGGUUGGAAAUGGUUGUGGUAGCGGAAAAAACAACAACACUUUCGCUGCGAGGCGUCUGCUCCCCCUGGAGUUGGCUCUGCGGAGCAGCAGGAUGGAGGUGGAUUGGGAACUCGAUCAGCCACUAGAUGAUUUGUUGCUGUUGCUCAGCGAAAAGGAAUUGGGAGCCAUAAGACUGCUGUCUGAAAAGACAAUGGAUAUAGGAGAGGUAGCGUACACCAUAGCAAUUGAAGGGCGGAUGAUAGCUCUAGCUGCGCUCUUGAUGGUGGCUGCAGAGAAGAUAAACGGGUCGUUGUUGGAGGUGCGAACAAAUGCUGAUUUGAUGGCGGAAAAGAUGACAGUGUAUAGUGGCGUUAUCAGGGAGGCCAUAUCGAUUUUCAUUGGAAACAAGGGAAAGCUUAAAGGGCCACAGGAAAGCAAGGACGACGCUGAUAAUGGCGAGGAGGAAAGGAGGAAGAUAUUACUUAGGGAGAUAGAGUUGCUCUAUUUCUUUGGGGCUACUCCUCAUAAUGGGUGUGUGGACAAGAAAGCCACAUCUCCUCUUAUAAUUGCUUCUAAGGCUGGAGAUGAAGCUGUUAUGAAGCUGCUUCUGCAGACAGGCCUUAAAGUGACUGAAGCUGAUGCCGAAGGUAACACUGCCCUUCAUUGGUCUCUCAAAGCAUCAAAAGUGAGCAGUCCUGAACAUAUCAGAAUGUUGGAGCUUCUUCUGAAGCAUGGUGCUCGAGUGAGGCAAAAAGAUAAGCUGGGAUUGACUGCUGUUCACAUAGCUGCUGCAAAUGGGAACUUAGAAGCACUUAAGAUCCUGCUACGUCAUGAUUUUGACAGUGUCCAUGUUACAUCCGAAUUGAAAGAAACUCCUUUGUUUUUAGCUGCAAAAAAUGACUUCAUAGAUUGUGCUCAACUCCUGCUGAGUUAUGGAGCAACCACGGAGGUCCAUAAUUUGCGUCGAGAACGACCUAUAGACUUGGCAAAAUCACAGGACAUGCGGUCUGCUUUAAAUCGAACCAGUAUAGUCAUAACCAAUAGGGCAUCCCAGCAGAAGUACACAGCACACAUUCAUAAUGAUCAAGUGGUUAAAGAAACCUGUGAAGCACUUUGGAAAGAGGCAUGCUCUACUUCUGAAAGUGUUGACUCAACUGCAGAUAAUUAUAUUUGCAAAUACUAUGGAUCGCCAACAGGAUGUACUAGAGGGUCUACAUGUUUUUACUGGCAUGGUGAAGGGGACCUCGAGAAUUCAAAGUUAAGAGUUGGCAUUGCUCGUAAUACAGUUUUAGCAGAAUUCAAGCGAAAGAUUUUUGUGGGAGGACUACCACCUAGUUUGGACUCUGAUUCUUUAGCUGAUGUCAUGGAAGAGCAAUAUGGACCAGUGACAGAAGCCAAGGUAUUACAGAUGGAAAUCGACGAUCAAGUAAUGUCCAGGGGUUUUGGUUUUAUUACCUUCAAGCAUGAGAAAUCUGUAGCUGCUGCUUUGGAGGCCCACUAUACUGAUAUAUGGGGAAAGAAAGUUGAAAUGAAAAGUGCGAUUCCAAGAUGGCUAUCAUCCCCAGAAGAUCAUGGAGAUGAACCCAAGCAAGAGACAGUGCAACAAGAAAGCAAUCAUUACCAGUGUCAAACACAAAAACAAAGUGAGCAGAAAUCUGUUGAGGCAAUACCUAAAAAGAUGUCUUGGGCAGAUCGAGUGGGCCAAGAAAAACCAGAAGAUCCAAAAAUUGAGCGCAACAUCCGCAGGUCACAACCUUCAGGACAAGAUAUGCCUGUAUGGUUUGUUACUUUAAAGAAAUGGCUUCCUCGAUUUUUAAAAAAGAUGUCGAGGAAUACCGAAGGAGAAUUUUAUUCCCUAUCAUCUCUGAAAGCUGAUUUUAAGGCAAUAUUUGGGCUAGAGCUUGACCACGCCUCUCUUGGGUACUCUAAAUUGAGCGAAUUUGUUAAGUCUAUCCCUGAGAUAUGUAGGGUUAAGAUUGUCCACACAGGUGGUCAGGUUGCUAACCACAUGAUCCUCUUGCCUAAUGUGGACCGACCUCCACAAUUGGUUGUACCAAGGAAAACCAUCGCUGUGUCCCAACCAGCAACACCAGUAUCUGUAAAUGAUGAUGAUGGUUUAUCUAAUAGUGAGAGUAUGAGUAUUGGUCUGAAGAUAAAAGAAUCAGAUAGUGACUCUCAAUCCGAUAAGACCUCUGAGAAAAAUCCCAGUGCCACUUCUGUGAAUGAAGUAUGUGGAAAGAUAGAAAAUGUUGAUCCUAAUAUAACAGUUCCUCUAGACUGUCCCAGGUUACUACAGUUUUUGGAACCAGACCCUCUGUUUCUUGCUCGAACAUGGCUCGGGACUGGUGGAUACAAGGUACCAGAUGAACAAUGCAGGCGAAAACAUUUGAUUUUGGAGGCCCUUGCUCAGAAAAGGAAACACGUGUUCUUUCUCAAGGGCCUCAAGUUUUACGAUGACUAUGCAGCUAGCCUCAAGCAAGGCAACUGUUUCGCAUGUGAAAAGAAGAAUAUGAUGUGGGCCAAUUAUCCAUGCCAGCAUCCACUAUGGUGUGGUGACUGCAAGGUCGUAGCCAUGAGGAUUGCUGCAGUCGGUACUUCAACUCACAAAUGUGUGAUUUGUGAUGAGGUGGUUGAAAAGAUUGAUUUGAUACCUUGGACUACAAGGCAAUAUCAAAACUAUGAGGACAUGGAAUUCCCUUCAAUUCAUGCUGCCUCUUUGAGAAGUCGAAGAAUCCAAGUCUGAAGAGAUUGUCGUGUUUGUUGGACAAGCUGCAUAGACAGACAUUGUAAAGGAUUCUUCUUUUGGGUGGUACAAUGAGGCUACUUGCACAAAAGCCACAAUUAGGAAAGCUGCAGAAGUUUUUUUUUUUUUUUUUGGCGUGUAAUUUUUGGUUUGUAAAACUAAUAUUUCCCCCUCCCAGUUUGCUAUGAGCAAUUUCUAAGUUUGCUGAAACACUCCAUUUUGGUGAGGCGUUGUAGGAGGGUUGGAACUCUUGGAGUAGAAGAAUGGCGGGAAACACCCUAGAAAUUUCUGGGGCAAAACAGACAGUAGCAAGCCAGCGAGUAUCUUUGCCGCAAUUAACGGCUUA